ACAAGAGACAGUUGCCUUUGCGAUUUCAGCCCUCAAUUCUUCUCUUCUUCUUCUUCUUCUUCGGCUCUUCGUCUCCACUGCAACUGGAACUGAAGUUUCUUAACACUUUCCUAAAAUGCCCCCCGAAACCAGAAGAAUGUCAUUUCCGAAAGUCGUCAUCGAGAGAGAAACGGAUUCCGAAGAAAGUUCGUCGGAAGAAGAAGAAGAAGAAGAAGGAGAAGGAGAAGAACACGAAGAGGAAGAAGAAGCUCCAGAUACUGAUAAGGGAAAGGCUGAAGAGGCUUCGGAUUCAAAGAAGAAAGGGAAAGCGCCUAUUACGAUUAGUCUGAAGAAAGUUUGCAAAGUUUGUAAGCGAACGGGUCAUGAAGCAGGGUUCAAGGGGGCUACUUACAUUGAUUGCCCAAUGAAGCCCUGUUUUCUGUGCAAAAUGCCUGGUCACACCACAAUGAGUUGCCCACACCGAGUAGCUACGGAGCAUGGGGUCACCCCAGCACCUCAUAGAAACACUCGAAACUCAUUGGAGUAUGUCUUGGAACGGCAGCUCAGAACCAAAAUUCCUAUUAUCAAACCAGCUUUUGUAAUCCCUGAUCAAGUCAAUUGCGCAGCUGUCAGAUAUCAUAGUAGACGGGUGACUUGCUUGGAGUUCCAUCCAACAAACAAUAACAUUCUGUUAUCAGGGGAUAAGAAAGGACAACUUGGAGUUUGGGAUUAUGUUAGGGUAUAUGAGAAGACAGUGUAUGAAAAUAUACACAGCUGCAUUCUUAAUAACAUGAGGUUCAAUCCCUCGAAUGAUGGAACAAUAUAUGCUGCAUCCUCAGAUGGAACCAUCAGUUGCACCGACUUGGAAACUGGAAUUUCAUCAUCAUUGAUGGACGUUAAUCCUGAUGGAUAUCAGGGUCCAAGUAGUUGGAAGAUGCUUUAUGGCAUGGAUACUAACUCAGAGAGAGGUCUUGUGCUUGUUGCAGAUAACUUUGGGUUUCUCUACUUGGUGGACACUCGGUCCAAUACCAAAACUGGGGAAGCUAUUUUGAUACAUAAGAAAGGGAGCAAAGUUACUGGGCUCCACUGUAAUCCUCUUCAUCCAGAUCUUUUUUUAAGUUGUGGGAAUGAUCACUUUGCUCGUAUAUGGGAUAUGCGACGAUUAGAAGGAGGGUCUUUUCUUCAUGAUCUUGCACACAACCGUGUUGUUAGCUCUGCCUAUUUCUCUCCACAGUCAGGUAGAAAAAUUCUGACUACAUCGCAGGACAACCGUCUUCGUGUAUGGGAUUAUAUCUUUGGAAAUUUGGAUUAUCCAAGCCGAGAAAUUGUACACAGUCAUGACUUCAAUAGACAUUUGACUCCUUUUCGAGCUGAAUGGGAUCCAAAGGACCCAUCAGAGUCUCUUGUAGUUAUUGGUCGCUACAUAAGUGAAAAUUAUAAUGGAACUGCUUUGCAUCCUGUUGAUUUUAUCGACAUCACUACUGGCCAACUAGUUGCCGAGGUCAUGGACCCAAACAUCACAACUAUCAGUCCUGUGAACAAGCUACAUCCACGGGAUGAUAUUUUAGCAUCUGGUAGUUCAAGGUCUCUCUUCAUUUGGAGGCCCAAGGACAAAUCAGAGUUUGGGCAGAAGAAUGAGAGGAAGAUUGUACUUUGUGGAGGAGCCGAGAAGAAACAGAAGAAGAAGUUUGGGGGUGACAGUGAUGAUUCUGAUGAUGAGAUGUUCAGAUCGAAAGGGAAAAACUCAAACUCAAGGUUGAAGAAACCAAUGUCGAAAUCAAGCCGCCGCAGUAGUCUGAAGAAAAAAACUUAACCCUUUGGAAGGCGCAAUGGUGUACAUUUCAGUAGGGCGGGAAUAGGGAAAGCAAAUUUUGGUCUGUGAAUUUGUAAUUGUGUGAGUUUUGAUUAACUUCAAUAUAAAAUCGCAUGGAAUUUAGUUUUAAGUUCACACAGUUUCAUAUUCACAUGUACAUUUUCUGAGGCAACAUAUAUUAUUUUCGUCUCCUUACUGGUUGAUUACGUAGCUAGCUUGCUAUGCCCAUUUUACUUUCUCCUGAGUUCUGUAACCUAGAAUGGGAAUAUGUAUACCUCAAAUGUAUCAUUCACUCUGUUUUUUCAUAAAUGUAAGUUCCAAGGUUUGUAGUAA